CCCAAAUUUCAAGUUAAAUACCCCUAAAUUAUAACCUUAACGAAUCCUCGUAGCGUUAAAAUUUAAAAAUUUACUUGGCCUAUAAAAUUUUCGUUGAAAAAGUGACAAGAUUAUAUAAUAUAAUAAUGAUAAAAAGGAGUGGAGUUUGCGAAAUUGUAAUUUGAUUGAAAAGUGCAAAGCAGAAGAGAAGCAGUAAAAAUGUCAGCUCAGCUCUUCAAAUUCAUCUUUCCACAGGAAUCUAAGUUAAAAUGCAAUGCUUUUGAUUUCUACACUUGAAUUUCAAAACUUUGAUUGACAUAUCCUUCCAUAAAUUAGUAUGACAUUGUAAUUUGCAUGUGAUUUAUACAGCACAUAUUCCAGAUGAAUUUGUAAUCAAAAUCUGCGAUAUGUUUUGUUUAUUGAGGUUCCUAGUGGCACAAUAUGGAAAGUUAGAUUACAUGACUCUAAUGGCACCAAAUGCUUCAAAGAAGGAUGGAAACUGUCAUUUCGAUGUCUUAAUAUUUGAUUUAAGUGCUUCCCAGAUCAAUUAUCUUUCUCCAUCGAAACGUAUAGUGGGCGAUAAAGGUCAUUUGGUUUUACUAUUUGUUCUUCUCCCUGUGAUUGAUGCUGUUGGUUCAGUCAACAUUCUUUGUUCUUCUCUGUUUUGGCAGGUCAGUGCAACGAAGUCCAUCUGUCAACACAACCACCACGAAUCAGCAUAGUAAGAAGAAAACUGAUACCAGUUUGGAGCAACUAAAAGAGGGGAAGACGGAAACAAAAGACCUGGAAGAACACUGCAACAGAAUAGCAGUGGUGGAUCCCUCGGUAACUAAGAGGACGAUCACUAUCCGACAUGAUCAUGAAAAGAAAGCAUCAACUGCGAAGCAAGCUACUGAUGACAAGUUGAAGGGAGUUUGUGAUGAAGAAGAUGAUACUUGUGACUAUUCUCCGAGACACAACCACUCAUUCCUCAAAUAUAUACUUUAGCUUUUUUGUUCAAUUAUAAUAUAAUAUUAAAAAUCACCUAUUUUGUAUUUAAGAUAUUUACUUUCAUUUCAUUGGGCAGCUUGAGUUUUUCUAUUGAUCAAUCUCGUGAUGCAAUGUGUAGCUUCUGUGCCAAAAUGUAGAGUCCUAAGUUGAAGAUGGUUUUUACAAGUUUCAAAAUGAAAGAAAUGUGUUUCAA